AGUCGGAAAGAGAAAGUGGAAAACGGAGAAAGAAGCACCUUGAAUUGGAAAGUGAUCCUACAAUGAGAAUUACGAGCACAUCUUGCAUCUGUCCAGUCCUAGUUUGUCUCUGUUUUGUGCAGAGGUGUUAUGGAACUGCACAUCAUGGCUCCAUUAAAGUGACUAGAAACCAAACCAAACAUAUAGAAGGGGAAACAGAAGUCCACCAUCGCCCGAAACGUGGAUGGGUAUGGAACCAGUUCUUUGUUUUAGAAGAGCACAUGGGACCAGAUCCACAGUAUGUUGGAAAGCUGCACUCCAAUUCUGACAAAGGUGACGGAUCAGUCAAAUACAUUCUUACCGGUGAAGGGGCUGGGACUAUCUUUAUUAUUGAUGACACGACUGGAGACAUCCAUUCAACCAAAAGCCUAGAUCGAGAAAAGAAGACACACUAUGUGCUACAUGCCCAAGCGAUUGAUAGAUGGACAAACAAGCCACUUGAGCCUGAAUCUGAGUUCAUUAUCAAAGUACAAGACAUCAAUGACAAUGCACCCAAAUUUACAGAUGGACCUUAUAUCGUUACUGUGCCAGAGAUGUCUGAUAUGGGUACCUCAGUCCUUCAGGUGACAGCUACAGAUGCAGAUGAUCCCACCUAUGGAAAUAGUGCCCGAGUAGUUUAUAGCAUUCUUCAGGGACAGCCAUAUUUCUCUGUUGAUCCUAAAACAGGAGUCAUAAGGACAGCUCUGCAUAACAUGGACAGGGAAGCCAGAGAACAUUAUUCGGUUGUCAUUCAAGCCAAAGAUAUGGCUGGACAAGUUGGAGGGCUAUCAGGAUCAACCACAGUCAAUAUCACACUCACCGAUGUCAACGACAAUCCUCCCAGGUUCCCUCAGAAACAUUAUCAGCUGUAUGUUCCUGAGUCAGCACAAGUUGGUUCUGCAGUAGGCAAAAUCAAGGCCAGUGAUGCAGACACAGGGUCAAAUGCAGACAUGAAAUACACUAUCAUAAAUGGGGAUGGCUCUGGAAUAUUUUCUAUAUCAACUGACAAAGAAACACGGGAAGGCAUUAUUUCCUUGAAGAAGCCACUCAACUAUGAAAAAAAGAAAACCUAUACUCUUAGUAUAGAAGGAGCAAAUACCCACCUCGAUUUCCGCUUCUCACAUUUAGGACCUUUUAAAGAUGUGACUAUGUUGAAGAUCGUUGUUGGAGAUGUGGAUGAGGCACCAUUGUUCACUCUUCCAUUCUAUGUCAUGGACGUUUAUGAAAAUGCAAAGAUUGGGACUACUGUGGGCUCAGUAACGGCACAAGAUCCCGACAGUGCUAACAACUUAGUAAGAUAUUCCAUUCAUCACAACACAGAAGAUAGAUACUUCACUAUUGAUGCAAACACUGGAAACAUAAAGACUGCCAAGGUCUUUGACAGAGAAGAAACCCCUUGGUACAACAUCACAGUCACUGCUUCUGAAAUUGAGAGCCCUGGACUCCUGAGUCAUGUCCCUGUUGGAAUUAAAAUUCUUGAUGUCAAUGACAACCCUCCAGAGCUUGCCAGGGACUAUGAUGUCAUUGUCUGUGAGAAUGCAAAGCCCAGCCAGGUUAUUCAGACUAUCAGCGCCACUGACAGGGAUGACAUUACAGAUGGGCAAAGCUUCCAUUUUGCUCUGGAUGACAAUUUUUCUUUGAAUCCCAACUUUACAUUAAAGGACAAUGAAGAUAAUACGGCCAGUAUCUUGACCCGAAGGAGGAGAUUUAGUCGGACUAUACAGGAUGUGUAUUACCUUCCUAUUGUGAUCUCUGAUGGAGGGGUCCCACCUCUCAGCAGUAGCACCACUCUUGUCAUACGGGUAUGUGCAUGUGAAAGAGAUGGCCGUGUGCGGACCUGCCAUGCAGAAGCUUUCCUCUCCUCUGCUGGAUUGAGUACAGGAGCCUUAAUUGCCAUCCUGCUAUGUGUUGUCAUUCUCCUGGCAAUAGUGGUCCUGUUCAUCACAUUAAAACGCAGCAAAAAGGAGCCUCUGGUCAUUUCAGAGGAGGAUGUCAGGGAAAACGUUGUCACUUACGAUGACGAGGGCGGAGGCGAGGAGGAUACUGAAGCUUUUGAUAUUACCGCUCUGCGGAACCCAUCUGCUGCUGAAGAAUUGAAAUUCCGGAGGGAUGUUCGGCCUGAAGUGAAGCCCACAACCAAGCAUCCCACUUCAUCUCGUCUUGAUACCAUAGAUGUUCAUGACUUCAUUAAGCAAAGGCUGGCAGAAGCAGACCUUGAUCCUAGUGUGCCCCCAUAUGAUUCUUUACAGACAUAUGCAUAUGAAGGUCAAAGGUCAGAAGCUGGAUCUAUCAGCUCUCUGGAUUCAGCUACUACACAUUCUGACCAGGAUUAUAAUUAUCUUGGUGACUGGGGACCAGAGUUCAAGAAGCUAGCUGAACUUUAUGGAGAAAUAGAAUCUGAAAGAACAACUUAAUUAUCAUGAUUAUUCCCAAAAUAUGUAACAUUUUAGUUCUCCGAGCAACUUGGAAGCAUGCUUGGAACAAACUGAGCGAGAUGUACACAGUUACUGUAGAAAUAAGUGCCCUUUUCGCAUUUGAAAUGGGUUUCUUCAAGUGGAAGAAAGUCAAAUUCUGAGGAAAAAAGUACCCUUCCACCCUCAAAAAAAGUUUGUCCCUUUGUGUAUAUUUUUCAUUGCUCAAUAAAGUCUG